CGUAAGACAGGAUUUGUGAAAUUUCAGAUUUUUAUCAUCAUUAAAGUCUUUAUAUUUGGUAAUUUUGCAAAAGAUCGUGUGGAUUUGAUCAAACGUGCAAAUUAACCCACACCUUUGGCGUGUUGAUUCUCAUUUUAUAGACUACAAUACUACAACAUUAAAAUACACAACCAACAAUGAAAAUGAGAUGUCAUUCGUCGAGAUCAGUUUUUAAACGCUUUUUGCACCAAUUUAGGAAUUGAGCGCAUCAGUCUACUGUACAGGUGUAUUAUUUAGACAAUGAGCUAUGGGUAAAGACAGACAGGAGAAAGUUAAGCAGUGCAUUAAGGAUGACCGACCUGCGAAACUGAAGUCUUACGUCAAGAAAUACCAGAUUUCUCUCCCACAGAUACAACUGUCCAGGGGCAGAUCACUCCUGCAUUACACAUGCAAACACGGCUCAGGAGCAGUUUUAAGGUAUCUGUUGUCCGAGGGUUUCGAUGCAGACUGUACGGAUGAAAAGUUGAACUUCCCUCUUCAUAUUGCCUUGACAAGGGCUCUGCAUGCAACACACAGUUCACAACAAGUGUUUAUUGAACUGGUCUUGCCACUGCUGAAUCGAUUUUCUGCACCGUUGGAUGUGCCAAACAAAAAGGGAAUCUCGUGUCGAUAUUUGUUAGACCAGCUGAGAUCUCGCCGCUUACACGACGAGAACGAUGGCGCCUCUUCUGACACAAACAGUUCGGUAGAUCAGCGUGAAGACAGAUGGCAGCAGAAACUAGCGGAACAAUUAAGAGAAGAGUGUGGUGAUGAGAAAGGAUUUGGCAGUGGUUUUGCUGAAACUGAAGCGGAGAGCUACGACGACUGGGCGGACCGGUUACAGAAAGAACACCACUUGAAACACAAACACUCGCACGUGGCUCCACCACGGAGGAAACCCGCUCCAUCCACAGCAGGCUCCACGUUCAAAUCACACGUACUGGACGAAGAGGAGUUGAGAAAGACAAGAGCCGAGCUGGAGAAAAAAUACCGAGAGACCCAGAGAGAAGAUCAGUUUGAGAGGAAACGGAAGAAGAAGUGUUCAUACGAGAGAAAUUACACACAUCUGCUGCUACACGGCCAAGACGAGGUCCUCACUUACAGCAGCGUCCCGUGGCCGUGUUUGGGGGCCGUGACCGACAUGGUGGAUGUACUCUUCUGUGAUAUUCAGGAUCGCUCAAGCAAAACGUUCAGGAAAUACCUCCGGGACCAGCAGGUUAGAUGGCAUCCCGAUAAAUUUAUGCAAAAGUUUGGCAAGAUAUUGAAACAUGAAGACAAGGAUAAAAUUUUAUGUAGUGUCAAAGAAAUAUCGCAAGAGUUGAACAAAAUAUCGGAAUCAUUGCCACAGGCGGUUUGACAAGCUGCAAGGAACAGACUGGUUUUUAAAAAAUAUUUAUAUCAAUGAAAUUAAAGUUGAUCACUGUUA